GGCUUGACUUUUCUCGACAAAUGACAAUCAUCGACGACGACGUUCGAGACGAGAAAAAUUUGUGUGGUGGUUACGUUCGUCACUUCGAAUAACGAAAACUUACGAAAUACCUGUUUAGCAUAAAGGGGUGGCGCUUGCAUCUACGAAACGAAUCGUUCCAGCGUUAAGAUGGACCAGAUCCCGCCGCCCAAGGAGGUGAAAAUCCUCGAAACCGCCGAGGACAUCCAGGAGCGCCGCCAACAGGUGCUCACCCGUUACGACAACUUCAAGGCGGACGCGCGCGCCAAACGCGAGAAACUCGAAGACUCCAGGCGGUUCCAGUAUUUUAAGCGCGACGCGGACGAGCUCGAGUCCUGGAUCAUCGAAAAGCUGCAGGCCGCCUCCGACGAGAGCUACAAGGAUCCCACCAAUCUGCAGGCCAAAAUUCAAAAGCACCAGGCGUUUGAGGCGGAGGUCGCAGCCCAUAGUAACGCCAUCGUCGUCCUCGACACGACCGGACGUGAGAUGAUCAACCAGAACCACUACGAAUCGGAAACGAUCCGGAGACGCUUGGAGGAGCUGCACCGCCUCUGGGAGCAGCUGCUCUCCAAACUGGCCGAGAAAGGCAUGAAGCUACAGCAGACCCACGUCCUCGUCCAGUUCAUCCGCCACUGCGACGAGGUCAUGUUCUGGAUCAACGAGAAGAGCGCGUUCUUGUCGACGGAAGAGUUCGGCCACGACCUCGAGCACGUGGAGGUGCUGCAGCGUAAGUUCGACGAGUUCCAGAAGGAUAUGGCGUCGCAAGAGUACCGCGUCACGGAGGUCAACGAGAUGGCGGACAAACUGAUCCAGGAAGGGCACCCGGAACGGGACCAAAUCGCCGGCCGCAAGGAGGAGCUCAACAACGCGUGGCAACGCCUCAAACAAAUGACGCUGAUGCGUCAGGACAAACUCUACGGCGCCCACGAGAUCCAGAGGUUCAAUCGCGACGCCGACGAGACCGUCGCCUGGAUAUCCGAGAAGGACGUGGUGCUGUCGUCCGACGACUACGGGCGCGACCUCGCCAGCGUGCAGGCGCUGCAAAGGAAACACGAGGGCGUGGAGCGCGACCUGGCCGCCCUGGAGGACAAGGUGUCGACUCUCGGCAAAGAGGCGGACCGCCUGUGCGCGAUCCACGGCGACCACGCCCCGCAGAUCCAGGCCAAGCGGGCGGAGAUCGAAGAUUACUGGCAGAGCCUGACGGCCAAAGCGAAGGAGCGGCGCGAGAGGCUCGAGGAGUCGUACGCUCUCCAUCGUUUUCUCGCCGAUUUCCGCGACCUGAUUUCCUGGAUCAACGACAUGAAGGCCAUUAUAUCGGCCGACGAGCUGGCCAAAGACGUGGCCGGUGCCGAAGCCCUGCUGGAGCGGCACCAGGAGCACCGGGGCGAGAUCGACGCCCGCGAAGACAGCUUCGCCGCCAUCGCCGCGGCGGGCGUGAACCUCUUGGACAAGGGGCACUACGCCAGCGACGAGGUCAAAGAAAAACUGUCCACCUUGGAGUCGGACAAGCGGUCGCUGAUCGCGUUGUGGGACGAACGGCGCAUCCUCUACGAACAGUGCAUGGACCUGCAGCUGUUCUACCGCGACACCGAGCAGGCGGACACGUGGAUGGCGAAGCAGGAGGCGUUCCUGGCCAACGAGGAUCUGGGCGACUCGCUCGACUCGGUCGAGGCGCUGAUCAAGAAACACGAGGACUUCGAAAAGUCGCUCGCCGCUCAGGAGGAGAAGAUCAAAGUGCUCGACGACUUCGCCACCAAGCUGAUCAACGGGGAGCAUUACGCGGCGGACGACGUCGCGCAGCGUCGCGCCAUGCUCCUCGAGCGGCGCAAAGCCCUUAAGGAGAAGUCGAACGCGAGACGCGAACUGCUCGACGACGCGUACAAGCUGCAGCAGUUCGAGCGCGACUGCGACGAGACCAAAGGUUGGAUCAAUGAGAAGCUCAAGUUCGCUACGGACGAGAGUUACCUGGACCCCACGAACCUGGGCGGAAAAAUCCAAAAACACCAGAACUUUGAGCAGGAACUGAACGCGAACCGGAGCCGCAUGGAGGAGAUCACGUCCACGGGGCAGGAACUCAUAGAAGCGCGGCAUUACGCCACGCCGAGGAUCCAGUCGCGCAUGGAGGAGAUCGUCCAACUGUGGGAGAGCCUGGUGCAGGCCACCGACAAGAAAAACUCCAAGUUGCAGGAGGCGAGCCAGCAGCAGCAAUUCAACCGGACGAUCGAGGACAUCGAGCUGUGGCUGAGCGAGAUCGAGGGUCAGCUCAUGUCGGAAGACUACGGCAAAGAUCUGACGUCGGUGCAGAACCUGCAGAAAAAGCACGCGCUCCUCGAGGCGGACGUCGCGUCGCACCAGGACCGGAUCGAGAGCAUAACCUCCGCGGCCAGUCAGUUCAUCGAACGGGGCCACUUCGACGCCGACAAUAUCGCGCACAAGCACAAAAUCCUCGCGGAACGCUACACCACGCUGCAGACGCCGAUGGCGAUCAGGAAGCAGCGUCUGCUCGACUCGCUACAGGUGCAGCAGUUGUUCAGGGACAUCGAGGACGAGGAGGCGUGGAUCCGCGAGAAGGAGCCGGUCGCGGCGAGCACGAACCGCGGCCGCGACCUGAUCGGCGUCCAGAACCUGAUCAAGAAGCACCAGGCGGUCGUCGCCGAGAUCAACAACCACGACGCGCGCAUCUCCGCGGUGGUGGACGCCGGCAGGCAGAUGACCGAGGACGAGCACUUCGCGAGCGACGAGAUCCGGAACCGCGUGACGGCGCUGAGCGACCACUGGGAACUGUUGAAGGAGAAGGCGAACCAACGCAAGCAAGACCUGGAGGACUCGCUGCAGGCGCACCAGUACUACGCGGACGCGAACGAGGCCGAGUCGUGGAUGAAGGAGAAGGAACCGAUCGUGGCCAACACCGACUACGGCAAGGACGAGGAUUCGUCGGAGGCGCUGCUAAAGAAGCACGAGGCCCUCGUGAGCGACCUGAUCGCGUUCGGCAACACGAUCGAGGGCCUGAAGGAGCAAGCGCGUAAUUGCAGGCAGCAGGAGCCGCCCGUGGUGGACGUGACGGGUCGCGAGACCGUGCAGGCCCUCUACGACUACACGGAGAAGUCGGCCCGCGAGGUGUCGAUGAAAAAGGGCGACCUCCUCCACCUGCUCAAUUCCAACAAUAAGGAUUGGUGGAAGGUGGAGAUCCACGACCGGCAGGGCUUCGUGCCCGCCGCCUACGUCAAAAAGGUGGACGCGGGACUGACCGCGUCGCAGCAGAACCUCAUCGAGAACAGUUCGAUUUCGGCGCGCCAAGCGCAGAUCAACAGCCAGUACGAUCGGCUGCUCGCGUCGGCCCGCGAGCGCCAGGACAAGCUCAACGAGACGGUGAAGGCGUACGUACUGGUCAGGGAGGCUGCGGAGCUCGCCAACUGGAUCAAGGACAAGGAGAUGCACGCGCAGGUGCAGGACGUGGGCGAGGACCUCGAACAGGUGGAGGUUUUCCAGAAGAAGUUCGACGAUUUCCAGACGGACCUGAAGGCGAACGAGGUGCGGCUCGCGCAGAUGAACGAGAUCGCGAUGCAGCUGGUGUCGCUCGGGCAGACCGAGGCCGCCCUCAAGAUCCAGACCCAAAUGGAGGACCUGAACACCAAGUGGACGAGCUUGCAGCAGCUCACCGCGGAACGGGCGAACCAGUUGGGCUCCGCGCACGAGGUGCAGCGGUUCCAUCGCGACGUCGACGAGACCAAGGACUGGAUCCAGGAGAAGGAUGAAGCGUUGAACAACGACGACCUCGGCAAGGACCUGAGGAGCGUGCAGGCGCUGCAACGGAAACACGAGGGAUUGGAACGCGAUUUGGCCGCCCUCGGCGACAAGAUCAAGCAGCUCGACGAGAUCGCCAACCGGCUGGUGCAGACGCACCCCGAUACGGCGGAGCAGACGCUGACGAAGCAGCGCGAGAUCAACGAGCUGUGGACGCAGCUGACCGCGAAGGCCAACAGCCGCAAGGAGAAGCUGCUCGACUCGUACGACCUGCAGCGGUUCCUCAACGACCACCGCGACCUGCUCGCGUGGAUCAACUCGAUGCUCGGCCUCGUCAGCUCGGAGGAGCUCGCGAACGACGUGACCGGCGCCGAGGCCCUGAUCGAACGUCACCAGAACUGGAAGGCGGAACAUGACGCGCGUUACGGAGUGCCUCAGGAACACAGGACGGAGAUCGACGCGCGCGCCGGCACCUUCCACGCGCUCGAGCAGUUCGGACAGCAACUGCUCAACUCGAACCACUACGCGAGUCCCGAGAUCCAAGAGAAGCUCGAGCAGCUGAACGCGGCGCGGGCCGACCUGGAACGCGCCUGGAUCGACCGCCGACUCCAGCUCGACCAAAAUCUCGAGCUGAACCUCUUCUAUCGCGACUGCGAGCAGGCGGAAAAUUGGAUGAGCGACCGCGAGGCUUUCCUCGCGUCCGACGAGGUCGACUCGAACGGCGACAACGUCGAGCUGCUCAUCAAAAAGCACGAGGACUUUGACAAGGCGAUCAACGCGCACGAGGAAAAGAUCGCCGCGUUGCAGACCCUCGCCGGUCAGCUGAUCGAUCGCGGGCACUACGCGUCGCGCGCAAUCGGCGACAAACGCGACCAGGUGCUCGACCGGUGGCGCCACCUUAAGGACGCGCUCAUCGAGAAACGCUCCAAGCUUGGCGAGAGCCGCACGCUGCAGCAGUUCUCGCGCGACGCCGACGAGAUCGAGAACUGGAUCGCGGAAAAGCUGCAGCUAGCCACCGAGGAGAGUUACAAAGACCCGGCCAACAUCCAGUCCAAGCACCAGAAACACCAGGCGUUCGAGGCGGAGCUGGCAGCGAACGCGGACCGCAUCCAGAGCGUGCUCGGCACCGGCCAUAACCUCAUCGAGAAGAAGCAGUGCGCGGGCUCCGAGGAGGCGGUGCGCCGGCGUCUCGAAUCCAUCGCCGACCAGUGGGAGUUUUUGACGCAGAAGACGACGGAAAAGAGUAUGAAACUGAAGGAGGCGAACAAGCAACGCACGUACAUCGCGGCCGUCAAGGACCUCGACUUUUGGCUCGGCGAGGUCGAGAGUCUGUUGACGAGCGAGGACGCGGGCAAGGACCUCGCAUCGGUGCAGAACCUCAUGAAGAAACACCAGCUCGUCGAGGCCGAUAUCCAGCACCACGAGGAUCGAAUCGCGGACAUGAACGGCCAGGCGGACGGUCUGAUCGAGAGCGGCCAGUUUGAUACCGCGUCGAUCCAGGAGAAGCGCCAGUCGAUCAACGAGCGCUACGAGCGCAUUAAAAACUUGGCGGCGCAUCGGCAGGCGCGCCUCAACGAGGCCAACACCCUGCACCAGUUCUUCCGCGACAUCGCCGACGAGGAGUCGUGGAUCAAGGAGAAGAAGCUGCUGGUGGGCAGCGACGAUUACGGCCGCGACCUGACCGGCGUGCAGAACCUGAAGAAGAAACACAAGCGGCUGGAGGCGGAGCUCGCGUCGCACGAGCCCGCGAUCCAGGCGGUGCAGGAGGCGGGCGAGAAACUGAUGGACGUGUCGAACCUGGGCGUGCCGGAGAUCGAGCAGCGCCUCAAGGCGCUGAACCAGGCGUGGGCGGAGCUGAAGCAGUUCGCCGCCAAUCGCGGCCAGAAACUGGACGAGUCGCUCACCUACCAGCAGUUCCUCACCAAGGUCGAGGAGGAGGAAGCGUGGAUCAGCGAGAAGCAGCAGCUGCUCAGCGUAGAGGACUACGGCGACACGAUGGCCGCGGUGCAGGGCCUGCUGAAGAAGCACGACGCGUUCGAGACGGACUUUCAAGCGCACAGAGACCGCUGCAAAAACAUAAGCGAAGAGGGCGCGCGACUCGUCGCAGCCGGCAACCACCACGGCGACAGCGUCACGCAACGCUGCCAGCAGUUGCAGACGAAGCUCGACCAUUUGGCGGCGCUCGCGGGCCGCCGCAAGGCGAAGCUCGUCGACAACUCCGCCUACCUGCAGUUCAUGUGGAAGGCGGACGUGGUGGAGAGCUGGAUCGCCGACAAAGAGACGCACGUCAAGAGCGAGGAGUUUGGGCGCGACCUGUCGUCGGUGCAGACGCUGCUCACGAAACAGGAGACCUUCGACGCGGGUUUGACGGCCUUCGAGCACGAAGGUAUCCAGAACAUAACCGCGCUUAAGGACCAACUGGUCGCCGCCAACCACGACCAGACGGCGGUGAUCGCGAAACGUCACGCCGACGUCAUCGCUCGCUGGCAACGCCUCCUGGCGGACUCGGACGCGCGCAAGCAACGCCUGCUACGCAUGCAGGACCAGUUCAAACAGAUCGAGGAGCUGUUCCUGAUGUUCGCGAAGCGCGCGUCCGCCUUCAACUCGUGGUUCGAGAACGCGGAGGAGGACCUGACCGACCCCGUGCGCUGCAACUCGAUCGAGGAGAUCCGCGCGCUGCGCGAAGCGCACGCCCAGUUCCAGGCGUCGCUUUCGAGCGCGCAGGCCGACUUUGACGCGCUCGCCGCCCUCGACCGCCAGAUCAAGGGCUUCAACGUCGGCCCGAACCCGUACACGUGGUUCAACAUGGAGGCGCUGGAAGAGACGUGGCGCAACCUGCAGAAGAUCAUCGCGGAACGCGACGGCGAACUCGACAAGGAGGCGCAGCGCCAGGAGGAGAACGACAAGCUGCGCAAGGAGUUUGCCAAGCACGCGAACGCGUUCCACCAGUGGCUCACCGAAACUCGUUACCGGAUUCUCGGCUGGGACGGCACGUCAAUGAUGGAAGGCUCGGGCUCGCUGGAGCAGCAAUUGGAGGCGACCAAGCGCAAGGCGGCCGAGGUGCGCGCGCGCCGUUCCGACCUCAAGAAGAUCGAGGACCUCGGCGCCAUCCUCGAGGAGCACUUGAUUCUGGACAACCGGUACACGGAGCACUCGACCGUCGGCCUGGCGCAGCAGUGGGACCAGCUCGACCAGCUGGGCAUGCGCAUGCAGCACAACCUGGAGCAGCAGAUCCAGGCGCGCAACCAGUCCGGCGUGAGCGAGGACGCCCUCAAGGAGUUCUCCAUGAUGUUCAAGCACUUUGACAAGGAAAAGUCGGGCAAACUUAACCACCAGGAGUUCAAGAGCUGCCUGCGCGCGCUCGGCUACGACCUCCCGAUGGUGGAGGAGGGCCAGCCGGAUCCCGAGUUCGACGCCAUAUUGAACGUGGUGGACCCGAACCGGGACGGGUACGUGGCGCUCCAGGAGUACAUGGCUUUCAUGAUCAGCAAGGAGACGGAAAACGUGCAAAGCUCCGAGGAGAUCGAGAAGGCAUUCCGCGCAAUAACGGCAGGCGAUCGCCCAUACGUCACCAAGGAGGAACUCUACGCGAAUUUGACCAAGGAGAUGGCGGACUAUUGCGUGGCGCGGAUGAAGCCGUACGCGGAACCCAAGACCGACAGGCCCAUCGCCGGCGCCCUCGACUACAUAGAGUUCACCCGGACUCUCUUCCAGAACUAGUUUUAAGGAAACUUACGUGUUUAUUCGUACGACUAGCUUUAAGCUUCCAUAUUUAACAUAUAUUUAUAUGUUGACCAGAGUAUUUAACGUGUUUCAUUGGCUUUUCAGUAGCUACACGCCUUUCAGAGUUUAUUAUUAUUAUUAUUAUUAUUAUUUUGUAAACUUUUCCACUGAUCUUCGAUAAAAUAUAUAGCUUUUUCGC